GUACAGGGCGGGCGACCAUGACAGAGGGCGGCGCGGGCGCCUCAGUAUUCUUUAGACUUCCGAACCAGCAUCAACAAACAUCCCUUAAAAAACAAAUAACUACAUAAUUAUUUUAUGGCAGCCAUGGCCUGAUUGCAGCACGUUCUUAAAAAAAAGCAGUGUUCUGAAUUUAAAAAUGCGCGGUUCGUUGUAUUCUAUCCUGUGAAUCCGUGUUCCAUGUACCAUAGUUAGUUGACGAUAAAUAAAUUUGUGAAAAUGGCCGAAAAGUUAAACGAAUAUCAAGGUGUGACGGGACGAUUGCACGGCGUUAGGGAUAAGUACAAAGAGCGGUGGGCGCAAUGGAAGGAAGAGCAUCCGAGAGGUAUCCGUGAGAUGUUAAAGGAACAUUUUUUCGGUAUACCGACGUCCGAUGAACCUCCGGAUCGUGUGUAUGACAACAGUGAAUAUUGUGAUUUGUUUAGGCGAAAAAAUAGGAUCGAGCUGAUGCGGAUAUCAGCAGCAGUUAUGGGUAUAGAAUUUUCAUACGCUGGUGAAACAGCUUUUGUAUCACCCACUUUGCUGCAAAUUGGGGUUCCUCACCAACAGAUGACUUUAGUGUGGGCUCUUUCACCUCUAAUAGGUUUCUUUAUGACGCCUCUAUUGGGUUCAUUGAGUGACAGAUGCGCCUCGAAGUAUGGAAGGCGACGACCCUUCAUCGUGAUGAUGUCUAUUGGUGUGUUCCUUGGUCUCAUCUUGGUACCAAACGGCGAAGACCUAGGGUACGCGUUCGGUGAUUUAGGAUCCAUCAAUAGAACCACAGUGCCCUCAGCGCUGGGCCCUCGCAGUUCCGCGUUAGAGACUGAGGGCACGAACCACCAUCCUUGGGGUGUGCUGUUCACAGUUUUGGGGACAGUUCUCUUGGAUUUCGAUGCUGAUGCCUGCCAGAGUCCGGCGAGAGCUUAUUUACUGGAUGUUACUGUACCGGAGGACCAUGCAAAAGGUUUAAGCACGUUCACGAUCAUGGCAGGACUGGGUGGCUUCAUGGGAUAUGCUCUCGGAGGCAUCAAUUGGGAUGAAACUAGUCUUGGCGAUUUCUUCGGCGGCCACGUGCGAGCAGUGUUUUCUCUAAUCACGAUAAUAUUCAUAGUGUGUGUAUCCGCUACAAUCACGAGUUUUAAAGAGAUUCCUUUGGACGAGUUGCAUCAGUACGAAGAGUUUCGAAAGAGCGAUGAAAGUCAGGAACCUCCGGUGGUUCAAGUGGAGUCGAUGGAAGAACAAGUGGAGAAAGACGGGUUGAUAAGAGAUGGGACGGUUAUGUACGGAGCGUUGGAACAGCCUGAGGCUCCCGGCAUUCCGAUCCCCGAGGGUCACGGGGAGCCGUUGUCCCUGAAGCACUACUUGAUGUCCAUCAUCAUGAUGCCCAACUCCCUCCGCGUGGUGUGCCUCACCAACCUUUUCUGCUGGAUGGCUCACGUCUGCUACUCUUUGUACUUCACUGACUUUGUUGGUGAAUCCGUGUAUGGUGGCAAUCCAGCGGCGCCAGAAGGCAGCGAGAGUAGAAUCAACUACGAGGCCGGUGUUCGGUUCGGAUGCUGGGGGAUGGCCAUGUACUCGCUCUCUUGUGCGUGCUACUCCACUAUCAUUGAAAAGCUUAUCAAGAAACAUGGGGCUAAAAAAGUAUACGUAGGCGGUCUAAGCACGUACAGUUGCGGGAUGAUGCUCCUCUGCAUCUUGCGGGCUCCAGCAGCUGUGUUACUGUUCAGUUGGACCGCUGGGGUCAUGUACUCUACUCUAUUCACCAUGCCAUACCUAUUGGUGGCGCAUUAUCAUGCCACAGGAAUGUGGGACAGUUGCGGCGGGGGCAGCGGGGGCUCGCGCGGCAUCGGCACGGACGUGGGCGUCGUCAGCAGCUGCGUGUUCGUGGCGCAGCUGCUCGUGUCCUGCAUCAUGGGGGUCGCGGUGCGCGCCGCGGGCUCCACCGCCGCUGUGGUGGCGGUGGCUGCUACGCUGGCUGCGGCCGCUGCUGUUACAGCUACACAGAUUACUUAUUUGGAUCUGUGAAUUUUGUGUUCUGUGCCACAGGUUGUUAGAAGGCUCACCACAAAGUUUUCGUCUCGUGAUAUAUUUUUGUAGGGUUAGGUUAUUUUGCAGGUUUAGGGUUUUAUACGCGCAGUAGCUCGUGUCCUGUACCUAUACUGUAUGUAAACUCUUUGAUAGCGGUGGCUGCAACAUUGGCUGUGGCCGAUGCAGUUAUAUCAACCCAAAACUUUUUUGGAUCUGUAUGUCUGUAUGCGCUAUGGUCUGACGGCGUAUGAAGGCGCUGUGGUUUACUUCUUUUAGUUGUUAAUAUAUCUUUGAAACGAUUUGUAUAUAAAUGUCUUUCGGUACUCUGCAAUAUUGUGUUUGAUUUUAUGGGAGUAUACAUUAAUAAAUUAAAGACUUUUAAAAGAAUUUAAACGUAUAAUUCUCAGCCUCCACGUGACGCUCGCUGUAAAAUGUUCGAAACGUCUGGUAUAAUAAUAUAAUGAAUAAUUGACGUUUAAAAUACGUUACAUAGUCUUUAAUUUAUUAACUAUAGAAUCUGCACCAAAUACCGCAUAUAUCAAAACGAUCAGGGUCUGAUCUAACAUAACCUUACAUAUAAUAUAGAUGCUAAUUAAUGUAUUAUUUUAUUAUGUGGAUGUAAGACGUGUCUAUUAUCAUGAGUUUUGGUUCUUACGCAUUUUUGAAAAUCUUUUUUACAAAAAUAUGUUUAUAGUUAUAAAGUUGUGUCGUGAGUGGGUUAUUUUUUUAAAUUGUUUAUUAAUACGCUUUUAUUUGAUUCACCUGUAUGUUUGUAUGUUUAU